AUGGCGCUGUCUAUUUCCAUACGCUGCCCUUCCGCCACAGUCCUCGUCCCGCUACCACGCGCCAGGAGCGGAGCGCGAAUACCGCGACGGCGUUGUGUGUCGCGAGCGAGUUGUACCACCGCAGAAGCGGCCACAACACCCACCAAUGAUGACAGUCCACCACUCACCGCCCCUCGCCUCCAUUCUCCGCCCUCGCUCGCGCUGCUGCUUCUUCCCCUCCUCCUACUCGCCGCCCACGUGCUUGCCCUUGCUGCCGCGUCCGCUGUCGAUGGGCCCCCGCUUAUACCAGCGGAGGCGACGGACGGAGCAGGAGCGGCGACGGAGCGCAUGAACGCGAUAACAGCGGCGGGCGACAGGAACGAGCGCAGUGCCGGGAAGGAGGGUGAGAGGCGACCUGGAGGACAUGCAGGCGGAACGAGCCGGACUGACGCGGAAGAUUCGAGAGUGUACAUCGUCCGUUUCCGCACAGCGCCCCCUGUCACCGCGUACACCGGUGGAUUUGAGGGCCUCAGCCCCACCGCCGUGUCGUCACGAGGCCGCGGGAGGGGCAAAUUUGGGCGGUAUCGUUUGGACUCUAGUGAUAAGCGGGUGGUGGCUUACUCGCAGCACGUGCAGGCGAUGCAAGACGCGGAGUUGACACGUGGCGGCGUGGAUGCGAGGAAGCAGAAGCUGUACAGUUACACGUUUGCGCUCAACGGAGCAGCAGUGCGCCUCACCUCCGCGCAGGCGGCUGCGCUGCGCAAGCAGGCGGGCGUGUCGGCGGUGUUGGCGUCCGCACGACUGCAUGCGCGCACCACGUACACGCCGUCGCUGCUGGGGCUGCGCAACCGCAUGUGGCGGUGGCAGGACCAGCGGGGCAGGGUGCUGAAGGGGGAGGACGUGAUCAUAGGCGUCAUCGACACGGGCGUGUGGCCCGAGAACCCCGCCUUCACUCACCAGGUGCGCCCUUCACCAUCGCGCUUGCCUAAUGGGGUUGCGCUUGCCGCUUGCGGGGGUGGGGGCCCCGCACAGGGGGGAAUCAGGAGCCACCAGCUUCCCGCGCGGUGGAAGGGGGGGUGCGGCGUGGAGAAUGCAGGGGACUUCCCCGCGCGGCUGUGCAACGGCAAGCUGGUGGGCGCCAAGUACUUCGUCAAGGGCUUCGCCGCGGACGAGCCCGUCGACUGGCGCCGAGACUACGCGUCGCCCAGGGACGUCGUGGGCCACGGCACGCACACCUCCAGCACGGCAGCGGGCAACCAGUGGAACCAAGUGACCUUGGGCAACAUGACGUUCGGGGCAGCCAGUGGGGUGGCGCCCAGGGCCCGCGUGGCCAUCUACAAGGUGGUGUGGGCGGGCAAGGACGGCAGCUACAGCGCGGACACGGCGGACGUGGUGGCGGCCAUCGAGGCAGCGAUCGCGGACGGCGUGGACGUGGUGAGCCAGUCGCUGGGCAAGAUGUUUUCGUCGCCCUUCGACGCCGACGAGAUCGCCUUCCUGCACGCCGCUCAGGUCACACCACCACCGCUCCUGCACGCCAUGCAUCGUCUGCCACGUCAUGCUGUCAUGUCACCAAUAUGCAAGCGCCGCACCAAUAUGCAAUGCCCUCGUGUGCGUGCGUCCCUUGGGCGCCCGAGGCCAUGCUCGUACAUGCGCAUUGCCAGCACUGGUAGGAGGCGGUGGAGUGAUGCAUUGGAGUGUGUGGUGCGUGAGCAGGCGGGCAUCUUCACGGCGUUGGCGGCGGGCAACAUGGGCGGGCAGCUGCUGAGCAUGCUGGACCACCCCGCGCCCUGGUACACCACCGUCGCUGCCAGCGACACUGGGCGGCGCUACGCCACGAAGCUGGCGGUGGCGGGCAACCGCACGUUUGUGGGGCUCUCCUUCGUGGGCCACCCGCCUCUCCCAAACGCCGCGCACACUGCAGCGGGACCCGCUGCGUUCCCCCUGGUGGAAGGGGAGGCUGCAGUGGGUGCAGGGCGAUCCAAAAUGCAGGCGCGCUAUUGCCAGCCGGGGUCGCUGGAGCGUGGCAAGGUGAGGGGCGCCAUCGUCGUGUGCAUCCGCCCCGACUCAGACAGCCUUGACGUUGACAGGGCAACUGACACGCUCGCAAUGAGCCGUGUGGCGGCUGCUAACGGGGCAGCGGGCGUGGUGAUCGUGAAUGGCGGUGCCAAGAUGGGCACAGCCGCUGCCAUGCAUCCCAUCCCCGCGUGCCACUUGAACGUGUGGGCCUUGCAGCCCCUUCUGGCGUUGCUGCGCGGCACCACGAGCCCCCUGGGCUCCCUGUCCCCUGCGCUCACAGUGUACGGCGAUGCCCCCACACUCGCAGCCUUCUCCUCCAGGGGGCCAGUGGAGGACCUGGAUGGGGCGGCAGGGCGCGCCUUUGGGCGGCAGUUGAACGACGUGCUGAAGCCGGAUGUGGCGGCGCCGGGGGUGGAGAUAUGGGCGGCGUGGACGCAGUCCGUGAAGCAGGACGCGCUCAGCACCAUUGCCCCCGGAGUGGUGAGAGCAGCAGCGUCGGCGUUCAACGUGAACACAGGCACGUCCAUGGCCACCCCGCAUGUGGCGGGCGCAGCAGCACUGCUCAUACAGGCGCACCCCAACUGGAGCCCCUUCGCUGUCAAGUCCGCCAUCCAAACCUCCGCCUCUGCACUCACCCGCUUCGGCCGACCCAUCCCAACAGAGUCCGGGCGCCAAGCCUCACCGUUUGACAUGGGCUCGGGGCACUUGACCCCCACAGCUGCGGUGAAUCCUGGUCUGGUGUAUGAUGCCACGUCAGCAGAUAUGAUCCGGUUCUUGAUUUCUGUGGAUGAGCUCAAAGCCAGGAAUAUCGGUUUGGUUGGGUCGUUACCACGAGGGGUUGUUCAGCAGGCUCUUCCUACAUACAACCUGAACCAAGCAAACAUUGCUGUCAGUGCACUCAAGGGAGGGGUGGUGGUGACGAGAACGGUGCGAGACGUGACAGGCAAGAGACGAGUCGCGUCCCGCGCACGGCCAGCGCAGCCCGAGUCGAGCCCGCGCAGAGCGCGCGCGGCCCGCAACUGCCCCGCGCAGCCCGUCCCGAGCCCGCGCGACGCGCGCGCGGCCCGUAAGUGCCCCGCGCAGCCCGCACCGAGCCCGCGCAGCGCGCGCGCGGCCCGCCGCUGCCCCGCGCAGCCCGUCCAGAGCCUGCGCGGCGCGUCCGCGGCCCGCAGCGCGCUGCGCGCCGUCCGUGCUGCCCGCGCCGCGCUCUACUCGCCAGUGCGCGGCCCCAGGCAGCGGCGCGCGCCACCCUAG